UAUAUAUAUAUAAAUUGAACUAUUUUUAUGUUUGGAAAAAGAAAAAGAUAUUAAAUCCAAGGAUGCAGGCAAAUGAACAGCAAACGUCGAAAGUCAGCGUCGGCGCCGAUUGCAACGUGCGUGUUACAACGACUCUCAUGAAAAGCGUUUCCUUGUUCCUCACGAGUGCUUGGAGGGUUUCGGUGAACGAAAAGAGACCGUCCUCGGUUAAAACAACGAAACAAGAAUUGCGACGACCGCGUAAGAAAAAAAUGCCGGAAAGUGGGAAUCCAAGAAAUUCUGCUUACAUUAUCAAAGUCAUCGAAUCUUUAAAGAAAAAGACUAAAUUUAGCAGAACAGAAUUAGAUAAACUCUGUAAACUUUAUAAGAAUUUAAUGAAAGAAGCUGGUCAGCAACAAGUGAGUCCAUCGAUGGGCAUUUACAGAAGACCAAGACCAAUCCACAGUAUCGAAGGAAUCGAUAGAUCAAUCUUUCGCAAUCUUCUUCACAAUACUUUCAAAGUAAUAACAGAGGAUAUGUUGGUGGAACGAUUAUUUUGUUGUUGGGAUCGUGAAAGUGAAAGUGCUAUUAGAUUAGAAUCAUGGAUCAUGGGUCUCGAUGUUUUUCUCCGUGGCAACCUACAGGAUAAAAUCGAUUUCUGCUUUCGUGUAUACGAUUUAAACAAUGACGGUUUUAUUACGAAAGAUGAGAUCUUUCAAUUAUUUAAAAAUUGUUUGAUAAAGCAACCAGGAGAAGAAGAUCCGGACGAAGGUAUACGAGAUUUAUCAGAAUUAGCAUUGAAAAAACUGGACGUCGAUCGCGAUGGAAAAAUAUCAUUUGAAGAUUACGAAAUGGCUGUUAAAAAAGAACCAUUGCUUUUGGAAGCUUUCGGACAGUGUUUGCCUACAGAAGAAAAUUGUACAGCGUUUAUAAAAUCGUUACAACAUUAAAACCGCUAUUUUGAU